GUUACAUAUUCGCCGCCGCGGCAGGAGUCGAGAAUCAAUAACCUCUGCUGUGAAAGGGUGCCUUGCUAUAACCUACGUUCUUGGCUCCUUUCGAUCUUCUCUGCAGUAUACAGCGGGGUCAUUGUCCGACCUUGAACUCGUCAAGGGUGGUUAUAUUGUAGCUUGACGUUGCUGUUUUUGAAUUGAAGGUUGUGGAUAUUGAGGUUUUAGAUAAUGUCGAGUAAGAAGGAAGAGAAAUCUCAGGCUGCGGCUGAGAGGAUCAAGGCUGCAGCACUCAGUGCUGCAAAAGGUCUUAGUCGUGCGCAGGCUGAAAGGGCUGCAGCUGCAGCUGCCCGAAAUGUCAAUGCUUAUGGGCAGAAGGAAGAAGGGCCUAGCCGAUGGCAAGAGAAAAGAGAAGCCAAACGGCAGAUGUACUUGAUGAGUACAGAAAAACAAGUGAUAUUGGGUGAAAGAAAAGACCUUAAACGUACAAUGCCGGCUGUUGGUGGCACUGCUCAGUGUCAGAAAUGUUUUCAAACUGGACAUUGGACUUUUGAGUGCAAGAAUGAAAGAGUUUAUAUGACACGGCCCUCAAGGACGCAGCAGCUUAAGAACCCUAAAUUGCGGAUGAAACUCUCUAACUCUCAUGAUUUGGAUCAUCCUGAUGCUAAGGAAGAGAAGGGUAAAUCAUCUAAGAAAAGCAAGCGGAAGCAUAGAUCAGAUUCUGAUGCAGGCAGUGAUAGCGAGGCUUCAGUUUUUGAGAGUGAUAGUGGGUCUUCAUCUGUGACAGAAACAGAGUCUUCUUCAGAGGAAGAGAGUUCAGAUUACAGCUCAUCAUCUGAUUCCGAGGAAGAGAGGAGGCGGAGGAGGAAGAAGAAGCAGAAGAAGAGGGAGAGGCGUAGGAGGUACAGCUCAACUUCUGAGUCGUCUGACUCUGAUUCAGAUUCAGGAUCUGAUUCUGAUAAUAGGAGCAGCCGAAGGAAGAGGAGACACAGCAGAAAGCGCUAAUGAGGUGAUCAAAGCAGAAUAGUUGAAUGAAUCAUAUUAGCUUCACUGUUAUCCGCACUUUGCAUUAUGUUAAGCAGUUGAAGUUAGCUGAUGUGUUUGGUUUUUUUUGUUAAUUUCUGAUGUAAUACUCUGAGAGUCAAUGUAGUUCUCUUCUACUUAUUGAACUUAUUGUGUGUGUGUUGGUGGGUUAGUGAACUGGAUUUUGCAAGUUGAGCAGGAACCUGACUAUGUAAUAAUUGGUGUAUAUCUUUCUUCCUACUUUUCAAUGGCUAUUUACUUUUACUUUUC